AUGUCAUCAGCACUUAUUUCGUCCCUUCUUCAAACUAAUCAACGAAUUAUUACUUAUGGUGGUAUAGCAAUAUUUAUUGUUGGUUUAGUUGGUGGAAUUCUUAAUAUAAUUGUUUUUCUUAGUCUUAAAACAUUUCGUGAAAGUUCUUGUGCAUUUUAUUUAACAAUUCUUUCGAUUGUUAAUAUUGGUCAAUUAGUAACAAGUUUAUUAACUCGAAUAAUGAUAACUGGAUUUAAUAUUGAUUGGACACAAAAUUCAUUAUUCUAUUGUAAAUUUCGAACAUUUGUUUUUCAAGCUACAGCAAUGAUUUCUUUUACAUGUAUUUGUUUGGCAACAAUUGAUCAAUAUUUUGCAACAUGUUCUCGAAUUCAAUGGCAAAGAUGGUGUCAUAUUAAAAUUGCACGUCAUAUAAUGAUUUUUGCAAUUCUAAUUGCAAUUAUUGAACAAAGUCCAUGUUUAUUUUUAUAUGAUCAUAUGAAAAUAUCAACAACUAACAUUACAGUUUGUACAACAACAAAUGAAUUUUUUAUUCAAUUUAAUGUUUAUUUUAAUUAUCUUAUUAUUGGAAAUAUUUUACCUUAUUUAAUAACAUUUUCAUUUGGAUUAAUGGCAUAUCGUAAUAUAAAAGAGAUAGCCUAUCGAACAGUACCUUUAGUUCGACGUGAAUUAGAUAAACAAUUAACAAUUAUGGUUCUUAUACAAGUUGUUUAUACAUUUUUUUCAAUGUUUCCGAAUAUGAUUGUAUAUUUAAUUCUUGCAUAUGGAAAUAUUGAAAAUUUAGUUAUUGUUGCACAAUUACGUCUUGUUUAUACCAUAUUGACAUGUUUAUAUUAUAGUUAUUUUGCUAGCCCAUUCUAUAUUUAUGCAUGCGCCUCGGAAAGAUUUCGUCGACAAUUAGUUCAUGUAAUUUCUACAAUUUAUUUAAAACGAUUUCAAGCACAAGUUGUAACUGCUAAUCAAGUGCUUCCUCACCUUUAG